CUUUUUUAACACCAGUCUCGGACCAUAAACAAUAUUUAUUAUUUAGCUAAGACAGGAUUUUAAAUGUUCCUGGCAUUUGUCUCAAAAUGGUAGAGAUUAGGUUUAUAGGUAGGCGUUACUUUGCCAGACAGAUGAAGGCCAGGUACCUUUCUUACAACUUACAAUACAUUUUUGAAUAUAUAUAAUCAUAUUACUAAUCCAAGGGAUUCCGUGGACCACAGGUUAAAAGCCCCAUGAUCUUGAGGGGUGAAUGACAGUGACGGCCAUGUAUAGGGCUUGUCAUUUAAUGGCAGAGUCUAUUAAUAUAACUGCUGUAAUCAUCCGGGUACUCAGGUCGGUCAAAUAUUAAUACUGUUCAAUGCUACUACUACUAUGUUAGCAAAGUGGCCCAUAACAUAAAUCAAAACUUAUUUACAACUAUAUUUUUACGAAAUAUUUUACACAAAGUUUUUUUCAAGGAUAUACAUUUUGCGAAAUGGGACUUCAUUGCGCGUAUGGCACAUCUAACAGUGACUCUAUAUUCUGUUUUAAAUUUUGAUGUAACAGGGUACAUAAAUUAACAGCUCUCCUUCUCCUCCGCACCCCUGCCCUUCUUCUGCCCCCUUGAACUUUCUCCGCACCCCACCUCUUCUCUGUACCCCUUAUCCUCAGCCGGCCCUUUCUCGGCCCUGACCACUUUUCAGCACCCCUUCUCCUCACCUUGCCCUUUCUCUGCACUCCAGUGACAUUACACUUUAACCAUAUUUUUAGAUGCAAAACUGAGUGGGCAGAAAUAUCCAGAGAUACUGUUGGCUUACAAGAUUUUGACACUGAAGUUUAGCUGUUAGAGUAACCAAGCAAGCUUUAGUGAUUCAUUUGACUUUGCAGUUAUUUAUUUUCUAUUAUUUGAUGUACCAGCCUCCACUGUCGUCAGAUUUUGUCAAAAAAAUAUAUUGUGUGGCUCUUUUGAUUAUUUUCAAAUAAACUUAAAUUACUGGGAUUCUUUUCUUCUUUUUUAUUUUAGGGCAAAUUGUAUUUCUAUUAAAUGACACCCCCCCCCACUCCUUUUUUUCCCCCUGUUUAUCUGUCAUCAUUUCAGUGGUAUGGAGUAGAGCAAGUAUCAUUACUUGUUAAGGAUGCAGAUUCUGUCAUUUUACUUAACAAAGAGCUUUUUUUUUUUCUUAAUUUGAUUCACAAUAAACUUUGUAUGAAAAUGUUUUGAUUGGGAUUAUUUCUAAAAGGCGCCAAGAGAAUGAUACAUUGUCAUAAUUCAAUAAAGAAAGAAAUUAACUGGUUUUCAUAAAAUUUCAUUUUUUUCUUUUCAUGUUCUUCCGUAAGUGAAAAAAUAUUAUAUUUAAUGCACUAAUUAUAUCAAUUAAAUGUAUCUAUAGAAUUGAAUGAUGGAAGGACAGAACAGAAAUCACAAUGCUUAUUGGGCAAUUCAGGAAUUGUUUAACGAACAAAAUGCAAAUAUUUAAAAUGUUUAUUUUACAGAUAUGUCUUUUUUUUAAAUCUGAUUACAUAUUAUCAGUAUGGUAAACCUCAAGGUGCCAUCCAUCCAUAUACUAGUACGCGGUAAAAGGGAAAUGGGAUUGUUGAUUCUGGAGAUUUUUGUGAACUAGUGCUUAUGAUCAGUUGGGGAGUGACCUCAGCAGAAUGUGUAUAUCCAUUUAUGCACUAGCUCUGAAAUAAAUAUCUUGAAAUUUAGAAACUCUAAUUAUCCUGUGUACCGGUAUUUCUUAAAUAAAGUCUACGGUCACCUUAAAAUCUGUGAAAUCGAACAUUUCUAAUUAUUUUCAAAGGCUAUUAAAAUAUAACCAGAUAGUUUUAUUAUUGAAGUGUUUUCACCAUAGUGUUGCUUUGAACUUUAAUAAGGGACAUGCCUAGUAUCCCAACAGUAACUAGCUUAGUCAGCAAUACAGCAGAGAGAACCAGUGAAUUACUUUUAAACACACUUAACGAUAACUCAUUUGAUGGCCAUGUACGUCAUAUGUGUCUAAUAAAAAUUGAAGCAGGUGGGGUUUUUUUUGGUGGCCCUAGGGGGUAUGCAACUUUAAAUUUUUUGCUUAUGCAAUAUUUGGAUGACCCUCUUAUUUUAAAAGAGUAAUAUAAGUCACAAUAUACACGUCUUUCUUGCAUUGCCACAACAAUGAUAUGGAAUGGUUGCAUGUACCAGAGGCUUGGGACAGAUUAACAUUUAUUUAGUCCAUGAACAAAUAUUUGAUUAUUAAUGAGAUUUUUUUUCUUUCAAAUUUUAUCCCAUAGAACAUGGAUGGGAACCUCAGAUGCUCACAACUAAACAAAUGUAACUUAACGACACAUCGCUUGAUAAACUUCUAACUAGAUGGAGAAAAAACCAUUUGGUAAGGCUUAAUUCGAAUAAAUAGUUAAUUUGUAUUCUAUGUAAAUUUAUUAUGAAAGCUUAACAUAUUAUAUUGUUACAUUGACACAAAUUGUUCUUGUCUAAUUAAUCUAUUUUAAAGCUUUGUCGCAGUCCAACACUCUUAGAAGAAAUAGUUCGAGUGUAUAAUAAAACUGACGUUUUUGUCUUUGGCUAUGAAUAUUUAAAAGUAAAAAUUAAAAACAAAACAUACACAAAUAAAGAGCAAUCAUCUAGUCAUGUCGCUGCUGACUUAAAAAAUUUAUAAGAGAAAAAAGCAACAACACCAAGAUGCAAAUAUGUCCAAUUCAAAUAUUAUAAUAGUGGGGAAACAAAAGUUUUUGUUUUUUAAAGUAAUAAAUCAACUAAUAAAUAAAAGUGGUUUAGAAUAUUUUUUUACACAAAAUGCCUGAUUUUUUAACGUUAUUAUUUAAUUAUUUUUUUUUAAAUGUUAAAAAGUAUGGUAGUAAGUAGCUUUGUACGGCAUGCACAAUUAAAUUAUAUUCACUAAACUAAAAUAUGCAAAUUUACUGAUUCGAACUGCCUAUAUCUAUAUCAGUCUUUAUGUUUCAGCCACGAUUGAUGAAACAAGUUCACUAACCGUGAAAGUGACUGUGCUGAUAGACGAUGUUAUCGUCCCUUUCUUUGGGGCCAAGAGGCAACCAAAGAACGGAGAGGUGGACGUGACCUUUUUUAAAUGGUUGGUAAGAUCGAUGAGAUCAUGUGUCUUCACCUCAGCAGUGUGAACUUUAAUUAUAGAAAUAAUGACACCCAGGAAAUUUGUUUCAGCAUUUUAAAAAGACUUACCACACUUUUCACAUGACAAAAUAAACCAAAAAACAAAAAUAAAACAAAACUUUCAACCCCAUUUAGAUAGAAAGAUUUUAUACAUAUAUAAAUAACUAAGAUUUCGAAACAUUAAUUUGACCAUUUAAGUAUUCUGUGCCAUAUAUCACAAAUCAAAAAGGCAGACUGUAAUUAAUAAAAGUUCCAUACUUAUCUUCAGGGGUUUCGACAUGCUCGCAAAAAUAUCUGACCCUAAAGGAAAGAAAAAAUCUUGGAGGUAUAAAAUAAAAAGACUACCCUCAGAAAUUGACAUAAAGAAGUCCUCAUGGCAGGUGGGCUUAAUUUUUUAUACAUUCAUGUCUUUUUUUAACCAGGCCAAUGGCCCUGUGAUUUUUGAAUUAGUAAGACCCGUGAAGUUAACACAAAUCAAGAGAACUUCUAUACAGGUUAACUUCUCCUGAAUCAAUUCUUUGAGCGUUGAGAAGUCCUGAAGUUACACAGCAUCAACUUGUCAAAGAGUAAUCUAGCAACAGUUUUAAAAACGAUAUUAUUUGUUUACAUUUUAUUUCAAAUCACAUAGUUUAAUUUCUUUUACUAUUUGUUUAGUUUUAAAUAGGCAAGUUUGAAGUGACCAUGUUAGAAGUUGAAGAAAAAUAAUUCAAUGAGAUAAAAAUGAGAUGAAGAAGAAAAAAACUAUAACAAAAAUCUUACUCCACAGACGAUUUAAGAAAAAAAAAAAUAUUCACUAACUCUAUGUAUGCUGUGCUUGUUUGCAAUCUUAACUAACAUUUUUAAUAUCAUUUUAAUUCUAUUUCAUUACACAGUAUUGAAUUUGUUUAUCUUAUUUUUCUUAUAAGUUGUGUUUCAAUCCUUAUCUGGGUAAUGUGUUGUGUGUUUGAGUGUGUGUCAAAGUUUGGAAAUCAUUUCUACAAUUUUUUUUGCACAAAUUUUUAAAUUAUGUUAUGGCAUAUUUAAAGAAAAAAAAUUGUUAUUUCUCUCUAGGCCAAAACUGGAAGGAUCGAAAUAAUCCUGUACAAGCUGGAAGUAAUUCCUUGGAUUCCAAGACUGAGUCAAGGGCUCGAACAAGAUGACUCUAGCAGUGAGGACGAAACGGUUGAACCUGGUCUUGUUCAAAUGACAUUGGAUGAUAGCUGAAAAAAAAAAGUAAACGUUGGAAAUGGUAUCCCAUAAAGAUCGUGCUACGGAGAUGCAAUAGGAUGCACACAAAAAUGUUGCUCAAACAAUGUUAAAAUUAAAACUAAAUGAUAUCUGAGCUCUAUUGAACUGUUCAACAGCAUUGGGUUCUGACAUAUCGCUGCAAACCGUUCCUGUAACGGCUUCAGUGCAAGAGCAUCAGUUACAAGGUUUUCAAGUUUAAUUUUUGUAUUUUUUCACAUGACUAGACUAGAUGAAAUAUCAAAUAGUUUGAAUUUCAAGAGAUGAAUAUAUAGGACUUUUAGAACAAAAUGGUACAAUUGUUAAUAUAUAGAAUAGUGGGGCAAAAAAAGGUCCAACCGAGCCGAUUGUGUAGAUUGGAUAAAAUCCUGUGCUCUCCUUCUUCCCAUGGAAGAAUUAAUCUUUGACAAACACUGCAUACUGUUAACAUUGUAUUAACCUCCUGCCAUCAGUACACAUUGAUGUUAAGUACUGGGGUUGAAAUUUGACGCCUGAAAUCUGAGUCCUAAACAUAAAAUGCCUAGGCCUAUUUUGAAAUACGCUGACAACUGUUGUCAAUGGGUAGGGGUGUAAAGGAUCAUGUGGAUGUCUGCAAGCUGGCACCUGUUGUUAUAUGCUGCUUGAGGACCACUGUGUGUGCUCCAGCAGGUUUUUACAAAAAAAUAAUUCAGGAUGUCCACCUGGGCUGAUAUGUUGGUGAAAUUAUUAUAGUUAUAAUCUUAACCCACAAAGAAUUUAGGAAAAAACUCCUUAGUGAAGAUCACUCUAAAUAUUUGGUUGCUAUUUAACAACAAAUGAAAUCAAUCAGAGUCUGGGCUUUUUGGAAAUUUGCUCUAAAUGCUAAAUAUGAGGUCUGGUUGACUUGAUGCCAAUCAUUUAUAGUUUGGGUCUUAUUUAGAUGAUUAAAUCUCUUGACACUCUUUAUUAUGCCCUUUAUUAAGUUGGGUGUGGAUGUAUGCAAACGGGACGAGAGGGGUGUAAAAUAUUGAUAUACCUUUGUGGAUUUCCUUUAUGAACAACCCCAAAAGAGUAUGACACUUCACCUUAGGACAGAACGUUUUUUCAUUGCAUUAUUGUUUUAUUAAAACUACCCGAAGUGAUAAAAGUGAGGUGAAAUGUAGAGGUUUACAUAGGUUUUUGACAUUCAAAAAUUUGUGACUGAAAUUAAACGCUCUGAAGUCUCUAGACUGAGAUUGUGUGAUUUUUGCUUAUUUUGUUUCAUGAAACUAUUGAAUAUCAUGCAAUACAUUUAACAUUUUCCACAUUUUUUUAUGGUUGCUUAUCACUCUGACUUUGUUCUGG